AUGUCAGGAGUUGCAGCCAAACUAGCCAAAGACAGGGCUACAGCCGACGGAAUCGGUACACCCAAGAACCCGGUGAAAUACCUAAACCAGAACUAUGAGCAGCUACAAGCGCAGUGCCUGGCAUCCAACACGCUUUUCAAAGAUGAUCAGUUUCCUGCAUGCCCCUCCACCCUGGGGUAUAAAGAUCUAGGACCAUUUUCCGCGAAAACACAAGGGAUUGUGUGGAAAAGGCCGACGGAGAUUUGUGCCAAUCCACAAUUCAUUGUGGAUGGAGCCACACGGGGAGACAUCUGUCAAGGCGCCCUAGGUGACUGCUGGCUCCUGGCUGCCAUCGCCUCCCUUACCUUGGAUCAGGACAUUUUAGCCCGAGUUGUUCCAGAGAAUCAGAGUUUUCAGAAGAACUAUGCCGGAAUCUUCCGCUUCCAGUUCUGGCAAUAUGGUGAUUGGGUGGAAGUGGUGGUUGAUGACCGCCUGCCGACAAAGGAUGGACAGUUGGUAUUUGUGCACUCGGCAGAGGGGAAUGAAUUCUGGGGAUCACUGCUGGAAAAGGCCUAUGCCAAGCUGAAUGGAUCAUAUGAGGCUCUGACAGGUGGGAGCACCAUUGAAGGCUUUGAGGAUUUCACAGGGGGGAUAUCGGAAGUGUAUGACCUGAAGAAAGCACCGGCUGAUCUCUAUGAAAUUAUUCAGAAGGCUCUAAAAGCAGAGUCACUGCUCGGGUGCUCCAUCGAUAUUACAAAUGCCUAUGAUACAGAAGCCAUCACAAGCCGGAAGCUGGUGAAGGGACACGCAUACUCUGUGACUGGAGCGGAGGAGGUUGUCUAUAAGGGUCAGAAGGUCCAACUGAUUCGAGUGAGGAAUCCUUGGGGCGAGGUGGAAUGGAAUGGCCCCUGGAGUGAUGAAGCCCCAGAGUGGAAUUACAUUGAUCCCAAAGUGAAGGCAGCUCUGGACAAGCAGUCAGAUGAUGGGGAAUUCUGGAUGGCAUUUUCAGAUUUUAUUAAAGAAUAUUCCCGUCUGGAGAUCUGUAACCUGAGUCCUGACACUCUGACCGGUAAUGACCAGCACAAGUGGAAUACCACUCUGUUUAACGGGACUUGGGCUCGAGGGUCCACAGCAGGAGGGUGCCAGAAUUACCCAGCGACAUUCUGGACGAACCCCCAGUUUCGGAUGAAACUGGAAGAACCAGAUCAUGAUCAUGAUGGAUCCUCCAAAGACCCUUGCUGUACCUUUAUUGUGGGCCUCAUGCAGAAGAACAGGAGGCGACAGAGAAAAAUGGGCGAGGAUUUGUUGAGUAUUGGCUUUGCAUUGUACAAGGUUAGUGACCACUUUGUCGACCAAACAGAAGUCACCUUUGGCAGGGAUUUUUUCCAGAGGAAUCUCUCCGCUGCUCGAUCUGACACCUACAUCAACAUGCGGGAAGUCUCCAAGCGCAUGAAGUUACCCGUGGGGGAUUAUCUCAUUGUACCAUCCACUUUUGAACCUUUUAAAAAUGGAGAUUUCUGCCUGCGUGUCUUCUCUGAAAAAGCUGCCAAAUCCCUGUGA